AUGUAUACAGCGUCGUAUAUUCAGUCUGAUCUCUAUUCGUUGAAUCCACUGGGACGUGAACCCGCUGAUAUUCCAGACUAUCCGCUCGGAGGCAUCACCUCCAACGUCAUUCCAGAAGGCAUUGCAUUCAUGAACUAUGGGAAUGACACUUAUCAUUCGCCAUACGUCCCCGCGGAUACCAAUUCAGACGAGCUUAUGGAGUUUUUCCCGAGUAUACAGCCAGAGCCUACAAUACUGGACAACUUCCCUGAUGAGACCGGUUUGCUUGAGGCUUUCCAGUCUCACCAUAUGAUCCCACAAAUCGCCGAUUUCAGUUCUACUGGAUAUGAUUUUUCGUUAACCCACCGACAGGACCAGCCCUCAGACGUCCGCUCAUUCGAUUGGUUGAUUGAUCAAGACCAGUUCGAAAUUGAUAAUAUAGGAUAUUCAGUCGCAUCUUUCACUGCUAAGCCAGCCCCGAGUGGUAUUGUGGGCAUUAGGCCUCACUUGGAAGGCUCAGCGUUUUCAGAAUCGUCGCUCUCGUACGAUUCCGGAUUAGAUCAUCCUUCGUCAUGCACUCCAGACGAAUUCACGGAGUCGAAUUCGGGUACACAACCAGAAGCACAGAGCUGUGUCUCGAACAUAGUCACCAGUCCUGAGGAACGCGCUUUCCCGGAGGAGACGAAAUCACCGGCGCAUAACAUCUGUGGGGUUUGUCUUAGACGGUGCAGUACCCCUUGGAAUUCGAAGGAACACGUGGAAACCCAUAACCCCGAACGAGUGAAGCAGCAUGUCUGCACAAUUGAGGGUUGUGAGUAUGCAUCCAGGCGGAAGAAUGAUGUCGAAAGACAUAUGAAGUCCCGCAAGCACACAGCCUAA